AUGCCCGUUGCCGGAUCGGCCACUUCGCGGAAGAGUUACGAGUCGACGUCAACUACUGAGGAGUUCUUCGAUGCCGAGGCAGGCGAAGGCCUUGAUCGAUCACAAUUACUCGUCAUUGAUCACCACAGCGAAGAAGAAACUCCAGUCUCAGAUGUGGACGAAGCAUCCAUUCAUGAUAACUCGUCAGUCUCUUCUGUUGAAGACGAUGAAGACGGUAGCGGAGCGGACGCUGCAAACAACCUCUAUCCGCCAAAACCGAAAUCCUUGGCUCCUCUGCCCAUCACUAACGACAUCUCACGACGCACCACUAUCCCCCCUGCUACGGUGCUUCCUCCUAGUCUGAUCGCGUUCGUGCGCAAGAAUGUGGGUAAAGAUCUGUCUACUAUCAGUAUGCCAGUAUCAGCAAACGAGCCAACAUCGCUUCUUCAAAGAGUGGCAGAACAGCUCGAAUAUGCGCACCUGUUAGACUCUGCUACAAAGCAGAAGCAGGCAAGCCGUCGUCUUCUCUAUGUAGCGGCGUUCGCCGUUUCUCAGUUCAGUGGCGGACGCGCCAAGGAACGAGCGAUUCGCAAGCCUUUCAACCCACUGUUAGGCGAGACCUUUGAGCUUCUACGAAGCGAGACAGAAGUCCCGGGUGGCAUGCGUCUCCUUGUUGAGAAGGUAUCACACCGCCCCGUGCGGCUUGCCAUCCAGGCCGAUUCUGCAUCUUGGUCGUUUGCACAGUCGCCUUGCCCUAUGCAGAAGUUCUGGGGCAAGAGCGCAGAGCUCACGACGGAUGGCCGGGUGCGCGUCUCGCUGAGGUUACCGGAUGGUACCGAGGAGCGAUAUAGCUGGACUAUUGCCACGGUUUUCCUCCGCAACGUGGUAAUGGGUGAGAAAUAUGUAGAGCCUGUGGGAACCAUGUACGUCAACAAUGAUAGCUCGGGAGCCAAGGCUGCCAUUGAGUUUCGCUCCAAGGGCAUGUUUGGUGGCCGAGGGGAGGACGUCCAAGUCGACGCGAUCGGACCUGACGGCUCCUCCGCUGGGCUGUCACUAACUGGCACAUGGACAAACUCGUUGAGACUCGUUGAGAAAGGCUCAUCAUCCGGCGAUGAGAUCUGGCGCGUCGGCAAGCUAGUCGAGAACGCUGCCGACGUAUACGGCAUGACGACUUUUGCUGUGAUGCUGAACGAGAUCACUGAACUAGAGAAGGGCAAGCUUCCGCCGACCGAUACGCGCUUACGCCCGGACCAGCGCCUCGCUGAGGCGGGCAAGCUGGACGAGGCUGAAGAGUGGAAGAAGCGUCUGGAGGAGGCACAGCGGCAUCGACGGCGGAUCAUGGAGGAGAAAGGCGAGGAACACCGCCCACGCUGGUUCGUAAAGGUCGGCACAAGCCCGGACGGCGAAGAGGUUUGGCGCUUGAAGGGUGGGAAAGAAGGUUACUGGGAGGAGCGCGCCCGCGGCCAAUGGAACGGCAUAGAGGAGAUCUUCGCCGAUUAG